ACCAGUACCGCGCGGCGCGCCGACGCGAACGUGCGUUCGAAUUUUAAAUGUUAAAAAGUUGAUUUUAAAAACAAUACGAUACGUGUGUUUAUUUUUUACAACCGGCCAGUGUUUUAAUUGUCUUUGGAAGUGUGUUGUGGUUUUAUUUUUAAAGGAUUCUUUAUAUUGCUGUUCUUUUGUUGGAAGGUCUAGUUGAAGAGCAACCAAGGAAGCCGUUUUCUCAGAAACAUUGAGAAGAUGUAGCAUUUCCAAAGAAGGAGGCCAGACUUCACCAACUAAACUGAAAGAAUAUGAGAUCUAAUUCACGAAAACUAUUCUUAGAGGGAAGACUUACUGGUAGAUCACCUUAUAUUCUGAUAAAGUAUGAAAAAAAUCACACAUCGAUAUCAAUACUAAGAUCUUCGGCGGAUGCAUAAAUUUCCACACCACACCCCACGCUUUUUAACACCUGUAGGGGUCAAACAAUGUUUGCACAUUAAAUACGACUGCAAGCCGAUUAUGCAAAUCAAAAUUGAAGUUAAACAAAUAAAAUUACACCGAUAAAUAACUUGUUUUGCUUCUACCUCUUUAACUAGUGCUUGGUUCAACUCCAAGGCGUGUUUUUUGAAUCUAUGAGGCUGUGAAGGAAAGGCCUAUGAAUGUCUGAAAGGUACGGGAAAGAGACCGAGAUGUCGACGAGCAACGAGCUGAGCGAGAUGGAGAAGCCGCGGAUGAGGCCGGCGGUGAGGAAGAUAUUCUGCUGCAGUGUGACGGCUGCGUCGGGUUUCAUCGCUGCAUACGCGCUGGUAGCGUACGCGAUAGCACUCAUCUACGAGAUAGUAUGGGUGGUGGAGUCCCAAAGCGGGCUCCCUGUGGCCUCCGCGCUACUCAUGGCGUGCUACUGUAUUGUUAUAGCGGCUACCGUCACUCUGGUCCACGGCCUUAUUUCUAAAAACAACAAGUGUCUGCUUUCGUGGCUGAUCACUGUGAUACUCGUGCUCAUACCGGAGUGCGUGCUAGUCUUCUAUAUGUCAAUUAGUCAUUGGGGUCUACAAGGAGUGUAUGGCGGUGCGGAGCUGGCAUGCUACGUGGCGCGACUCCCUGCCAUCGUGUGCGGCGUGGUGUUAGUGCAGUCAGCGUACGCCAUUCGGGAAGCUAGGAACGCCGGGUAUGCCAAUGGAGCUGCAGUGGGCGGCAGCGAAUUCGACGCCAGCCACUACGUGCCCGAAGCGCCGGCCGCGUUCACCAACGAUGGCUUCAUGGCUGACAAUGGCAAAUCUGGUUCCAUGCCCGACCUGCGGCGGCACCUCGCAUUACGGCAGUCCUUCAACCAGGGCUACCACAUGCCGCCGCCGCCGCCGGCCUACUGGCAGCACCUGGCCGAGCGGCAGCACGCCGCCAGCCUGCGCGGCCGCCCCGAGCCGGCCGGCUGCCCGCAGCUGUACGGCACCUGGGUCGGCCCGCGCUCCGGCCCCUACGACAACCCUUACAAACGCAGACACUCCAUCGUCGGCGCUUUCGCCGACGAAUACCCGGCUAAAGACUACGAAUACGAGGACAGGGCUGACUGCAAGAGCGAGAUGGCGUAUCCAUACUACAGGCAACACUAUUACGACCCCAGAAUGCACUAUCCCCCCGAUUAUGACCCUCGAUUUUACCCCAGGGACGACGCCUAUGGCGUUAACUUAUUGAGACAUGAUCCGUAUCAUUUUAGUAACGCGAGAGACAGGGCUUUCUAUGGGCAAGGUUUGAGGAACAGCCAUAAUUCCUUCGGGAACGAGUCGGACGAUUUGGGGAAAUAUAAGGAUGUGGCUCUGUGAUGAUUUUAUAGAUUUUUAACUAUUUUGGUGAGCGAAUAUCGAACUUUUUUCUGUUAUAUUAAUGAGAUUAUCUUGUGAACACGUGCUUGAAAUGAACGAGCGUAAAGAUAUUCCCUUGGUGGCAUUAAAAUUAUCUCGCCGAUUAAAAUUAAGUCUAUAGUAGGUAAAUUAAUUAAAAUGAAUUUGAUGAUUAUGAAUGUUCAAUAUGCAAUGAAUAAAAAUGUAUACGUAAAUGUAUUUAGCUUAAGUAUUAGAAAAUAAAUAGAAGUACUUAUUGUAAGAAAUUAAGAUACUUACCUAUUUAGUAUUUUUGUAAUUAUUUAGUUAAGUAGUUACCUGAUAACCAAAGGUGUAAAUAUUGAAGAAUCUAUUUGUAUUAACGGCGAUCUACUUACCUAUUUACUUUAAAAGUUUCGAGUCACUAUGUUAAAAACGAGGACAGAAUAAAUGAUAUUUUUUA